GGGAGGGCAACAGGCCCCGGCCCCGCCCACUGGUCGGUAUUGGGACCGGUUCCCCAGUGGGCAGCACCGCAGCACUGCUCGCGGUGCGCCAUGGCCGGGCUGCUGGCUCUGCUUGGCCCGGCGGGAAGAGUGGGCGCCCGGCUGUGGACCCGGACCCCUUGUCUUCCGGGAGCCGCCACCUCCUGUGCUCCACCGCUCUGGGCCUUGGCCUUGUCCCGUCCGGGGCCGGACGCCCGGCUGCUGCGCACGGCCCGCGAAAACUGCCUCAGCCGCCAGGAGCCCAGCAGAAUCACCGAGCCAGGAAGCGGUGGCAACAGCACAGAGAAAAAGCUAAGCAAAUCGCAGCAGCUGAAGAAAGUUUUCCAAGAAUACGGGGCUGUGGGCGUGUCGCUGCACAUUGGGAUCUCACUGGUGUCCUUGGGGAUAUUUUACACAGUUGUUUCCAGUGGUGUAGACAUGUCUGCAAUCCUGCUUAAGCUUGGUUUUAAAGAGUCCCUGGUGCAAUCCAAGAUGGCCGCAGGCACCAGCACGUUCGUGGUGGCCUAUGCCAUCCACAAGCUGUUUGCGCCCGUGAGGAUCAGCAUCACCUUGGUCUCUGUGCCCUUCAUCGUCAGAUACUUCCGCAGAGUGGGACUCUUUAAACCUCCAGUCACCAAGCCUUGAAGCCCGUGGCUUCUAAACUACUUUAGAAGUUAGUUGUUUUCAGGGUGGGUUUCUGGGGGGAGGGGCAGAGGCUAUUAUGGGUUGGUUUUUACUUUUACCAGCAAAAAUCAGAUGGUUUAGUUUACUUUCUUUUUUUUUUUUUUAAUGCUGUUCCUCACAAGACCGUGUGCGUGACUUAAAAUGUUACCAAGGCAUCCAAGUGAGUUGACAGCCAGGCCUGGUGCUGCAGGCCAUUAAACUCAGGAGGCUGAGGCAGGAGGAUCUCACAUUCUGGCCUGCUUGAGCUAGUUUAGGGUCAGCAUAGCAAUUUAGUUAGCAAUUUAGUCAGACUGUCUUGGUCGACAGCGAAGAGGGGAAAUCAAUGGUAGAGUCCUCACCUGACUCACAGGAGGCCUAAAUUCAAUCCCAGAACAAAACAAGACUGCCUACAAAUUGUCCCUUCUAGACCAGUGGGGCAGGAGUCCCGUUUGCCAGCCCCAGAGGCUAGUCUUUUCUCAGGUUCUUAAAAAGCAAUGAUUAAUUUGCUUGCUUUUAAAACUCCCACUCCCCAGAUUUGCACUGGCAGCAGCCCGCAGCUUAAUACGCAACAUUCUGCAGACAGCUGCCAGUGCUGCUACUAAUGAAGCAAAAGUUAACAGUCCAUAAUCACAAUCUACAUUGACAUCAAGCCCUUGACAUUCACAAGAUUUGCUUUGGGGAAAGCAGGCAAGAACUUCUCGUGUGCUUCAUUGACUCCAGAGCAUCUUUGUCUGGAUGUGAUGAGGGUGUUAGUCUGAAAUUUCAUAGAUCCAGGGCAGUAUUGUUUGUAAAAUAUAGGAUCGCUGCUCAAUUGUAAUGUCAUCUUUUGGCUCCUGAUGCCCAUAUUCAGAGGAACUCAGAACACUCACGCAGAAGCUAAAAAGCACCCUAGCUUUCUUGGACAAUCCAUUUAGCUAUCCAAGCGCUGGGAUUAAAGGUGUGUGCCACCGAGCCUGACUGCCACUAGCUAUCUGAAACUUGAGGGCAUUCCAGAGCUGACAUGUUCACCAUGUGCCAAUGAAUGUUUUUAAUUGAAUUAAAUCAUAUGCAUAAAAUAUUUGUACCACAUUCUGAAAAAAAAAAAGAAAAUAAUGCCUGUUCUAACUAUAAAGAAACCAAGAAAAAAAUACAAGCUAGGGAAAAGAGAGAGAUCUUAAUUAGGGUGAUAUUUCUGUGAUGAAACACCAUGACCAAAAUCAGUUUGGGGAGGAAAGGGCUUAUUUCAUUCACAGUACCAUAUAACAGUUCAUCAAAAGCAGUGAGGGCAGGAACCUGGAGGCAGGAGCUGAUGCCUAAGGCCAUGGAGGGGGUUCGGCUUGCUGGCUUGCUCCCCAUGGCUUGCUCAUCCUGCUUUAUUAUAGAAACCCAGGAUCACCAGCCCAGAGGUGGUAGUGGUCUCAGUGGCAGUGGUUUCAACCCCUUUGACAAACCUCUAUCUCGAAAAAUAAUGUACAUUAUGAUUCAAAACAGUAGCAAAUAAAAAUAAUUUUAUGGUUAGUGUCACUACAACACGAAGAACUGUACUAAAAGGUCACAGCAUUAGGAAGGUUGAGAACCACUAGGGUAGAGGGAGGUUAGAAUAGAAAGUCAAGUAGAGAGCCAGACUCAGGCUUCCUCUUCCAGGAAGCCAGGAGCAGUUUGGGCAGGAAUUGGCCUGCUCUAUCACUCAAGCCUCCCCUCUGGGCAGGCUGGCAGAGAACACUUGUUCUAUCAGAUCCAAAGGAAACUCCAUUCCCCAAUGCUGUCCAAGUAUCCAGAAAUAGGUUCACCUGGACUAUAAUUCUAGUCCCAGAAUUCCUCAGAGACUUGUGAAACGGGUUGCCCUCUACCAAAAGGAGUCAUUUCCCUUACCUCUGGCAGAAGGGAAUAUAUGUCCUGUUAACAUAUACUCGUGGCGCCUGGCAGCCUAUUGAAGGGCAUUCUGGUAUCACAAGUACCUGAUAUGCACUACAGAGUAUUCCUAACCCUUCUCAUCUCUACCCUAAACUGGCCCUGGCUCACAGGCUUCCCUUCCCUCAGCUACCAUCUUUAUAACCCAGCUAUUACUAUUCUUGGCUCUUGCUACUCUCACUGUGCUUUCUCUCUUCUGUCCCAUCCUGUUCUCCCCUCUGCGACAGGGAGCCCUGGCCAUGUUCAGCCUACUUCUUUCUCUCCCUCUGCUCUGGAGGCUUAACAGAUGCCUCUAGCUGUUCUCUCCUAUCUACAGUAAAAGCCUUCCCUUCAGCAUACCAUGUCAGUUUAUACAGUUCUCCCCUGGGAGCGAGUGUUUGAACUGUGAAGUCUGCUCAGCUGCAUGGUGGGAAGGAUUGCAAUCAUUUUUCUUGCUCACAAUUCCUUUUAAAUUACUUUGACAAUCAGAAAACAGAAGAAAGAACCGUUUACAGAGAUCUGGCUGACAGUUUCUUAGCCCACAGUUACCCACGUCAUUUGUUAACAUUUAAGAGGGUUUUUUUGAGACAAAUUCUCUGUUCGUGAGAUCUUUAAAGUGCGAUUACAUUCUUAUUUUCCUCAUAAUGCAACCUACUGCCGAAAGCCUUUACUGAUUUUAAAUCAGGAUGGUAUUACAGAAACUAAUUCCAAGGACAUUUUCAUAGCUGAGCAAGAUGCCCUGGGCCAGUGACAGUUGACUGGAUGGGGCCUCUCCAUCUUGCCUGUGUCUAAACAGCCAUGUUAGCUUCUAGCUCUGGAUCCCCAACCCUACUACUCACCCAUUCAGGUUCCUAAGUAACGCCCAUGCAAAGAAUCACAUUGAAAGCAGCAAUAAAACUUUGUACCCACAGCCAUGUAUCUUCCAAACCCACUCCGCUGUCACGCCUGUAGCCAGCAGCCAGAACAUGGGGGAUGAGUCGAGAGACUGAAGCACCAUAUAGAUAGACCUAGCAGCAACAUGCAGAUCUGCUCCUACGAAUUCUCUUUAGCGGAACUGGAUCAAGGAAGCUGUUUUAAGAUGUAAGCCAUUGUUUGCCUCUAGUUUUUUUAAACAGACUGAGUGAGAUUCUGUGAAACAAAUAAACAUCUCUGUAAAAUUA